AUGACCACCGCGGAGCCUCCCAUUCCGCCGUCGCCGACCAGCUCUCGCGACAGGGUGCGGCGACGGCAGUGCGCGCUCGCGCUGGCUGCCGCGGCCGCCGCCUGCCUGGCGCCGGUGGCCGUGCUCCUGGCGGUGCUCGUCCUCGCGCCGUCGCUCCUCCCACGGCUCCUCCUCCGGCCGCACCACGUCGCCCCCUACGUUUCCUCCGCCGAGCUCCGCCUCCUCGCCUUCGACCCCGCCGCCUCCGCCGUCUCCUACAACCUCUCCGCCACGCUCCGGUUCGACAGCCCGUGCCUCUACUGCACAUGGCGGUACACGGAGCUCAAGGCCACGCCGUCCUACGCCGGGCAGCAGCUGGCCGCCGCCGCGACGCUUCGGGAGCUCACGCAGCGGAGGGGCAGCGACGCGCGCGACGUGGCGUGGGCGGGGACGCAGAAAGUGCCGCCAGGCCGGCGCGCCCGCACCGUGGCCACGGCGCUCGCGCGGGAGGAGGCUGAGGGGCGGCUCAGCGUCAAGGUGGCGGUGAGCACCGUGCAGAACGGCGCGCGGAGCGACUUCGCGUGCGUGCUGAGCUUCCCUGCAGUGUCCGUGCCCCGGCGCAAAGGGACCGGGAGCCCCGCCGCCGCGGUGUUCCGCGGCGGCAGGUGCGUCGACGCCGUGCCCGGCGAGAUCUAG